AUGUCAGAUCAACCUAUCAUAACAACCGAAAAGCAGACAUCAAAGAUUCGAUUCAGCCCAUAUGCCACUCGAGCCAAAGCCGAGCCAAAGUCGGCGCGUGAGGACUGGUUGGCAAAGGCAAAGGAACAGCGUGCUCUCGCCAGAUCCCAUCGAUUGCCAGACGUUGCCAGUUCUCUCUCGGAUACCGGCCAGCCAACGCCCAGCGCCGUCUCCGCCAACAGAAAGCACGUGUUGAACACAUUGUCACAUCCUGGGAACCCAAUCACUAACUCGCACGGUCUUCGUCAAGCCGGCGGAUACUGCGCAAACACCACGGAUCUCGAGCUCAAGAUGCUCGUCACAAAGUAUGGCGGGACAGUCGCCGCCUCUAGCAACACAGAGACGGGUGCAACUCACGUCUUGACCUCCCAAUCUCUGAGUGGCGGCAAACUACAGAGGCAUCUUACACAAAAGACAAAGGUGAAAACACACAUAGUCAAACCAGAGUGGCUAUUCGAUUCUAUUGCAAAAGGAAAGCGACGUGCAGAAUGGGAGUACAAUGUAAUCAAGAGCGCUGCUCAGCCUACUCUGAACGUGUCCAGUAAACCUCCUUCGUCACGCGGAGCGAUCACACAGGCACCGAACGAAUGA